UAAAUGUUGGGAUGAGAAACUAAAAUAAAGUCUUUAGGUAAAACAGGUGCGGGAAAUCCAGCAGCUGCAGAUUCGUCCUUUGGCUGACGUACGGAACCGGAAAUAGAACGCAGUCCACGGCGGAAGUGGCGUGAUUACUAGUAGCAUGCUUAAGGUGUAGUAGGAGGUGACCUUACUGAAGAAUUAUUGAAUUACAGGAUUUUGCUUUCAUUUCAAGUUCGUGCAUUUUAACGUUUUAGUGAUGGUUUUUAGGCUUUGUUAGUAAAUCGACGUGUUGGUUUUGAUUCAUGGCUUUAUAGAGUCGCUGCUUGAAGAAGUAGCUGUGUAACUGAGAAUAAAAGCCCUUAAUUUGAGAUCAGAAAUGGCAGAAGCACAUCAGGCUCGCAUGCAGAAUGCAGUGGAGGAUAUGGUUCAAAGUCUGGAGAAAGAUUACAUCCGUAAGAUGCAGGGGCGCAUGUUUCGCUGCAGCGCAGAGUGUUGUGAGAAUCUCGGCCACUCCAUGAACCAGGUGCACCAGUGUAUAGACCGCUGCCAUGCACCACUGGCUAAAGCUCAAGGACUGGUCACUAGUGAACUCGAGCAGUUUCAGGAUCGUCUCACGAGGUGUACGAUGAACUGUAAUGACAAAGCCAAGGACCUGUUUAACACUGGGGCGAAGGAGCCUGCCGUGCGGGCGCUGAUGGACAGCUGUGUGAGCAGCUGUGUGGACGAGCACUUGAAGCUGAUGCCCAGUAUGACGCGCAGACUGAAGGACAGCUUGAGCUCAAUACCUCAGUGAAGCUCUGAUUGUUGUCGAGGCUGUAUGAAAUGAUCCUUGUGGACUCAUGAGUUUAAUAGAUGGAAGAAUUUGAUCUUUGCCGUCACCUCAUGUGACUCGGUGAAUGGCGUGUGCUGAUUUCUGUGUCCAUAUUGUUUGUGGUUUUUGUACAGACAAUAAAUAAUGUGAUCAAACCA